UACGCGCAGCAAGCAUGUCCACGGCCACGGAGGAUGGCUCUGCUGCCGGCAGCAGCUCGAGCAAGCCUGCAGGAGGCUCGUACCGAUUCGGUGGCGGCGGCUCCGAGGGCUCGUCGGCAGCUGCCUCGGGUGGCAGCGCGAACGCCAAGACGCCGUUCUCGCGGAUGAACGUGUCGGUAGCGGUGAUCGUGUGCAUGGCUGGCCUCAUCAUCCUCUGGCUUCUGGUCAUGGGCGGCUCCAAGAAGCCUACCGACGCGCCGCCGAUGCCCUCGCCCCCUCCGGCUCUGGUGCGCAAGCCCUUCAUACCGCACAUGCCCGAGGGGAAAGGACCGGCGUUCCCCGCACCUCCUGCCAUGCCGCCCCGGCCGGGGAUGCCGCCAGUGGAGAAUCCCGUUCCUCCUUCCCUGGUGCGGCCCCCGCAUCCGGCGGCGCGUUUGCCCAUGAGCCCCAAGACGAGCGACGAGCGCACGGUCCCGGUCGCGCUUCCCGGGAGCCUGGCUCCGGCCACUCAGGGCCCCGACUUGUCCAGGCGCAUCUACUCGCCCGACGAUGACUACCUGCCUCCUCCACGUUCCGACUUUCCCGAGAAACUGCCGCUCCACGUAGUUCCCCUCCACUACGACAUCAUGAUCAAGAUUGUGUUGGACGCGAACCGGGACCAAAGUUUCAUGUUCGGUGACACCUACUACCUGGGCAAGACGAUCGUGCUGCUGCGAUGCGUCAAGCCCACGCAAACGGUGUACCUGCACGCGGCCGGGUUCACCAUCAAGGAGCAGCAGACGACGCUCGUCCGGGAAGAAGACAAAACGUUCGUCGGCAUCGGCAAGAUGGCCAUCAACGAUGACCUCGAGAUGCUUAAGAUCGAGACGGACACGCCACUGGAGCUCAACGAAUCGUACACACUCUCCAUUGAGUUUGCCGGCGCCAUCCGGAACGUACCACGUGGCAUCUACAAGUCUUACUUCGUCAGCGACAACGAACGCAUCGCGGUUGUGGCGACGCAGUUUUUGCCAACGUACGCUCGCUGGGUGUUCCCGUGCUUCGACGAACCCUCCCUGAGGACCACCUUCGACCUGGUGGUGGUGCGGCCCAGCCACUACCGCAGCUUCUCAAACAUGCCGCUCUCGAAAAGCGAGGAGAGGUCCCGAGAUUUCGUGGCUGACUAUUUCGAUAGGACGCCUCCAAUGCCAACCCACAGCCUGGGUUUUGUUAUCGGGCCUUACGUAACAGCCGGAAAUGCAAUGAUCAAGGUACACGGCACGACGCAGCAGGUGCGCAACGCGGACUAUGCUAUCCAGGUGGCACCCAAGAUCCUCCAGUACUGCCAGGACACCUUCGGCCUGAACUAUCCCCUCCCCAAGCUCGACCUUGUGUCCACUCCGAUUCUGCCUGCACCGGCCAUGGACCAGUGGGGUAUGAUCACUUUCCAGGACGUCUAUCUCACCUUCCGCAGCGACGAUACGCCUUUCCAGAUGAAGGUCGAUUCGCUCCGGGUUAUCGCCAACAAGAUCGCGCAGCAGUGGAUGGGCAACCUGGUCAACAUGGCUUGGUGGGAUGACAUGUGGCUCAAGGAGGGCAUCUCUCGUUACAUCACUUACACAGCGGCUAACAGGGCUGACCCCCAGACGGAAGUGAGCUUCACAAUACUGGAGGCCGAUACUCACUACGCCAUGGAGGCGGAUGGGUUCAACUCGUCUGCGGCAGUGUCCAGGCCUUUGAACUCACCUGCGGACAUUCGAAAGCACCUCAACAUGGUUACAUUGUCUAAGGGCGCAGCUCUCGUCCGCAUGAUGGCGCACGUGGUUCCGAGCAACUUAUUUCGGCUGGCUUUGACGGAACUAUUCAAGAAAUACAGCUACCAGUCCAUUCAUCCUCAGCAUUUAUACAAGGAAAUACACAUUGCUCAGAAGGCCAUGUACGACCGGGUGACGGUGAAUCUGACCACCGUGAUGCGUGAGUGGACGUACAUGCCAGGCUUUCCGGUGGUGUUCGUGAAUCGCUCCUACGAGACGAACACCUUCUCGCUCUCCCAGAGGCGCUUCAUUUUCGGCACCGGACCCGUCGACAACACCGUAUGGCACAUCCCAAUUUCGAUCGUCACGGAGGACAACCCUGACUUCACAGCGACCGCCCCCAAGCACUGGUUCAGUACGAGGACAUCCGCGCUUUUCGGCGCGCCGAGCAAGAACCAUUGGUUGCUGCUCAACGCUCAGGAGGCCUACUACUACAAAGUGAACUACGACAGGAACAACUGGCUGCUGCUCGUCAGUCAGUUGGAGACUGACCACAAGGUGAUUCACGAGUUCAACCGGGCUCAGCUCAUCGAUGAUGCCCUCGACCUUGCCCGAGGCGGCCAGCUGCAGUACGACCUGGCGUUCGACGUGCUCGAGUACCUGCCGAAGGAGCGUCACCACGUACCCUGGAACGCGGCACUCACCAACUUCCAGAAGCUAGACCCGGUGCUCAGGCACACCAAGAUCUACCAAAAGUGGAAGAGGUUCGUGAACCACCUGCUCUCGAACCAGUAUGAACGUCUCAUGUCCGAGGAGAGCAAGGACGAAUCGAUGCAGAUAUCAAUACUGCGAAGCUCUGUCCUGACGCUGAGCUGUGACUACGAUCACAAUCCAUGCGUCUCCUUCUGCCGGAGGAUGUUCGAAAACCUCAAGACUAAUUAUGACGCCGCUUACCACAUGGUGCCGUACUCGUACCGUCCCAUCGUGUUCUGCCAGGCCAUCAAGCAUGGGAACCAGAAUGACUUCAACUUCUUGUGGAAGCAUUACGAGAUGUCGCCCAACACCCAGGAGCGUGUCGUGCUGCUCAAGGCGCUGUCCUGUACCACGGAUCUCAAGCUACUAGAGAGGCUGCUGCUGCAGUUGGUAAACAAGAACUCCGGCGUGGAGACGACGCAGAAGGCGGCGAACCUGCUUAACGCCAUCUCAAGCACCAGCAUAUCGGGCAGCAAGAGUGUUAUCCGAUUCAUGACCGACCACCAGGACGCCAUGUUCAACCGGUUCGGUACGCUGCAAGGCCUUUUCGAUUCCAUCCUGCAAACAAUCGUGGACAACAUUCGACAUGAAAGCGAGCUCGAAAAGCUUCACUCAAUCUACGAGCGCACCCGAGACGUGCUACCCAGUGAGGAGGAGAAGGUGCAGCGCAUGAUACAGAACGCGCGCGAGCACAUCCGCUGGACUACGUACUUCUACCGGGACGUCGAGUCGUGGCUCGACAAGCGCUUCGUCCUCACCCACCGGGAAAGGGAGCACGCGAAAUAAAUUGACAGACGUGGGUUUUGUCUA